AUUUUAAGUAAUAAAAAUGAUUUCUAACCUUGUGAGAAAGAAAAUUUCAAGGAUUUCUACAACGAAUUCCGUCUUUUUCCAGUGCGACAUCCAGGGAGUUUUUGAGAAAUUGGUACAUAAGAUGCCUAUAGUAGUGAAGAAUACAGAGAGAAUGGCUAAAGCUGCAGGCAUCUUUGGAAUUCCUCUUUUAGUUACUGAGCAAACUCCUGAUAAACUAGGUCAUACAUUAGAGAGUAUACAGAAGGUGUAUCCUCCAGAUACACCUGUUAUCCAUAAGACUUCCUUUUCCAUGAUGAAUGAUGAAGUUACUGAAUAUUUUAAAUCUCUUAAUAGAGAUACUGUAGUCUUAUAUGGAAUCGAGACUCAUGUGUGCGUACAGCAGACAGCUUUAGAUUUAUCUGCAAUGGGAGUCAAAGUUCACCUUAUUACAGACUGUGUUUCUUCUACUUGUCCUCACAAAAGAGCUACAGCUAUUAAGAGAAUGACUCAAGCUGGGGUCUACAUGACCACAUUUGAAGCUUGCAUGUUCGAAAUCAUGAGAGAUUGUAAUCAUGAAAAAUUCAAGGACAUCCUCAAGCAUGUUUUGAAAGAUAACCCUAAGGACACAUUUGAAGUUGUAUAAAGAUUUUAGCCAAAAGCUUCAGAUAUUUU